ACGAACCAAGACAUGCUUCCCGACUACAGGAGAAAACAAGGGCACUGGGGCAACCGUGAGGAUACUGAGCGCGGACGCAUCAUGCAUGGAGACGCCGCUGGACCGGUGAUAUUACGAUGCACCGUUUUAUUUACCUGCAUCCGCGUGCGUUCGGUUUAAUUCGAUUUUAAUAGCAUAAAUCAAAACUAGAAUGCUGAACCGAUGCCAAACAACUCUAAUGUGUUCUGCAGAAUGCUUAAAUUACAUUAUUGGUCUUAAUGCAACAGAUUCGAGAUAUUAAAAAUGCAGAAUUCUGUUUGUUUUGCGACAUCAUAACCCGUCCAUCAAAUAUUGGUGCAUCGUAAAAUCUAGCGCGCUUACAAAUCCGAUUCGUCUUCUAGGCAUUGAUCAAGGUAAACAAGCACCAUGUUGACCAGCAUCGCCGAGAGCAUCUUCUGCUGUUUGACGGGAAAGACCUCCAGCGUCGUUCUGCCGGUUGAGUCGUCGGAUGGCAAACCGGCUAACGGAUUCGAGUUUGUGGAGGUGAAGCCGGGUCGGGUGCUACGUGUGCGGCACAUCCUCCCAGAACGGCCUGCGACUACCGAAUCGCAACCAGAACUGGGCAACACAGUCCACUGCAAACGCAAGAUCACGGUGUACCGCAACGGGCAACUCGUAAUCGAAAACCUGGGUGACGUUCUCCACUCUGAGAUCCUGCAGUGCCAGAACGGCGACGUGGAACCGUGCAGCACGGUCGAGGUGGAGCUGUCCGACUACACCACUGUGCCAUUGUCACCCGAUCCCAAACCUGCUCCGUCUCUUCCCAGUUCAGAUCAGCAGAAACCUGCCCCUCCGCCCAGGCGGCGGCGACGGAAACCGAAGCGUACCGUGAUGAUCGAUACGGAGUGCUGCAUCAGCAGCUGUAAGGGGACGCACUCGGAUGUGGCGCUGUUUUUCAUCCACGGCGUUGGCGGUUCGCUCGACAUCUGGGGCAGUCAGCUUGAUUUCUUCUCACGGUUGGGUUAUGAGGUCAUCGCCCCUGAUUUGGCAGGGCACGGCGCCAGUAUCGCCCCUCAGAUAGCGGCAGCGUACACUUUCUAUGCCUUAGCAGAGGACCUGCGUGCCAUAUUUAAGAGAUAUGCAAGAAAACGGAACAUCCUUAUUGGUCAUUCCUAUGGGGUGUCGUUCUGCACGUUCCUGGCACACGAGUAUCCGGAGCAGGUGCAUAAGGUGGUGAUGAUAAACGGAGGAGGCCCCACGGCGCUGGAACCCAGUCUGUGCUCCAUCUUCCAGCUACCCUCCUGCGUUCUACACUGUCUGUCUCCAUGCCUGGCCUGGAGCUUCCUCAAAGCUGGUUUUGCACGACAGGGUGCUAAAGAGAAGCAGCUCCUGAAGGAGGGAAACGCGUUCAACGUGUCUCCGUUCGUGUUGCGAGCGAUGAUGAGCGGGCAGUACUGGCCGGAGGGUGAUGAAGUCUAUCACGCAGAGCUCACUGUACCCAUACUGCUGGUGCACGGCAUGUACGACAAGUUUGUGCCCAUCGACGAAGAUCAGCGAAUGGCAGAGAUCCUCCUGUUUGCGUUCCUGAAAGUGAUCGAGGAAGGCAGUCACAUGGUCAUGAUGGAAUGCCCCGAGACCGUGAACACUCUCCUGCACGAGUUUUUCCUCUGGGAACCCGACACUUCAAAAAAGGACACGGUUGCCAAGGUAACAGCCGACCAGAUGACGACUGACAACACCACGCCCAUCCAGACGCUCAGUGUCGCCAACGGCAGCAGCACAGGGUCAACGCCCAAGGUCAACAAGCUCCUCAACAAGUAACCUAUGAUUGAUGCUUUUGGGGUAAACCAAUCAGAAGGCUGUCAAUGGCUGGUGCUGCAAAUGGUGAAACCGUCGCCUUGGCAACGAGCUGAUUUUUGAUCAGAAGGCCCGAAUGGGUGUCACGAAGAGGGUGAGAAUGUUUCAAGGGUUGAGACUCUCUUUGAGAAAGCUAGCAAAGGGGGAAAAGCAGUUGAUUUUAAACCAAUAAAUUUGGUUUAUGAUAUCGUAAUGCCUUUGUUUCUCUCUGCAACCUUUGGACAAUAUCUUUCCUUCUUGUGCUGUCUAAACAAAACGACUGGAUGUUCGUUCAGAGGAUGAAAUUGAGUGUGUCCAAGUGUUGGUGUCCAGAUGUGACCGAACUACGAGAUAAGAUGGCAAUUGCCAAAGUUUUACAAAAAAGUCAAGAGAGUGUGUUUAAAGUCAACAUGAAACAACGUUCACAACCCAUUUUACUACCUUAAUUUGAUGUAUUUCCAACUGAAACAAGAUAUUAUAAAUGUAGAGCAGAACUUGAUUGAUUUAAUUCAUCGUCAAUGAUGGGAUUUUGAAAAGUGGGUGUUAUUUACUAGAAAGCAGCCAGGUGGUUGAAGGGGAAGGGUUGAAAAAUGAGUGCUUGAUGACAUCCGCAAAGGAAAGUUGUUUCAGGGGCAGAGCAAGUUAUUACUUUUUGGUAAAAGAUUACGAGACAAAACUAUUAUUUAGAAUAACGUGCACUGAUGAAUCGUUCACAAUAAGACCAGGAACAUGGAUAAAGAAUGAAAAAUAGGUCAAUUUUGAUUUCACGUUGACUUUAAAUUAUUUGUACAGAAUAUGUGUUCACAUCAUCGCCGAGCACUGUUAUAUGCUCUGAAUAAUUCAAUACAAAUACUAGUAUUACAUUGACACAUUUUUAACAUGUCUUCCCUCCUCCAUCAACUUGCCGUUAAAGAUGGACCGUGCUUCAAAACAGACGUAUAAAAUAUCGAAUUCUAUUAAUAGAUAAUGAACGAAAGGUAAGGUAUUGAAAACACAGGCUAGCUACACAUUUUACUUGAAACUUGUAUGAAUUUAACAACAAAAGAACACGUUGCUUCACACGGAGGACAAAAGCAAGACAUCAGAUGAAACUGACUGUCGCAAUGGGAAAUUUCAUGCCAGUAGGAAAACUCUUCCAUCUCCUAGCAACCAGGAAGUCGGGCAUUAGAGCAAAUACAGAACGAGAGCGAGCAAAAGACAGAGCUAUAAUAAUGUUGAUGGCCAUGAUAUGAUGUAGUGCUGAGAAAAAAAACACCAUAUAAGCUACCACGCCUAUACGUUACAUCCCCUUAUGGUAUCAAUAGAACUGCAAAUGUUGAGUACUAGAUUGCACACACAAAAAAAUCUGAAUUUAUUAAAAUGAUUGAUAUUAUGAAAAUCUAACCACCAGGUUGAUCUAAACACAUUCAAUUGGAUGAGAGUGUAAUGUGUGUGUACAAUUAAGCUCAAUGUCUGUCUGUCUAUGCAAAGAAUAAGAUGUGGCUUAUGUAAGCCUCCAGCAGGUCACCAUGACAACAGGCGGUCAAAAGCAAAAUGGAUUAAGAGGAGGUCUGGUCCGUCUAACCCCAGAUCGUUUUGCAGAUAAUUACACGUGUGCAGAACAAAAGUAUUAUCUGCAGUCUCCACACGUUCAUCUCUUGAGUGAGUUUGUCUAACAUAUUAAUUGUAUUUAAUGGAAUUUUCCAGGUUAAAAAUGAGUUCAUCUGUAUGGAUCCCCACAGAGGGAAAUAAAAAAUAUUUAAAGAUUUACACAUUUCAGUUUCAUAACAAAUUCCAUCAUAUUGAAUUCAGUAAUCUUUAAUAAAAUAAAAAUAAAAAAACAAAAUAAUUUAAGUUAUAUUAACUUAAUUUUGUUAAACAUUGCACAAUUCAAUUUAACUGAAUUUUGUUGUGAAAUUGAAAUGUGUAAUUUUAAGAAAUAUGCGAAGUAAUUUUUUGAGUCUACUUUCAACUCGUCCCCCAGUUUGUAAGAACAAAAAACAUGUUUACAGUAAGUCUAUGGGGCAAGUGCACCGGAGCGUUUAGAAGCAACAAUGUGCAAUUAUUAAUUGUAUUUUAAUUUCCCCAUACACAAAUGUGUUAUUUGAGCUGUAAAGUUGAUUAAAUAAUCAUUUUAGUGGUGGGACUACUUUUCCAGGCGGAUGAACCUCUGGUUAUACAUUACCGCUGUUUGCACGUAAAUAGUCCCUUCCUGGUAUCCCUGUGUGUAUCGUGGGAAUGUUACCAAGUUUAGCGGCUUUACGUUCUCAUGAUAUUAGUUGAAAUAUUGGAAUAGACAAGAUUAGAAACUGGAUUUCAAACAUUAUUCUAGUGCAAUGCGUUGCCCCAUAGACUUGCGUUGUAAGAGCAUUACAGUAAACAAGAUUUUUUGCAUGUUUCUAAAAGUUACAUUUAGAUGACCUUUUUUACUCUAAAAUUGCUUACAGUAUAUGUAUAGUAGGGAUGCACUGAUAUUAAAUUAUUUGGUCGAUACGAUUGUUAAGAAAAACCCUUUUGGCCGAUAGACCGAUAUUUGGCCUCUUACCUUUGUCAACAGAUCACUGUUUGCUUAGUAAUUACGCUUUAAAUGUACAAAAAGCUACAAAAGCUAUUUUAUUGUUUGAACAAUAAAUAAUUUCCAUUGAACAUGGAAUGGAACUGUUGAACACAUAACAGACCACAAUUUUAAGACAGUCACAAUGAAAAAUAAAUACAUGAUAAAAAAGAUAUAUAUAUAAAAAACCACACAACAUGACAAUUGAUGUGGGGGGAAAUAAAAGGUUAUUUUGCACUUUACAUUUUUUUUUUUUUUCUGUUUUUUUUUGUUUUUGCAGUUCUAAACAACAGAACUCACAUUUUACAUAUUAGAAUAGAACAUUGCAGAUUUGUAUUACGCAUUUAACAUUCUUUUUCGUAUUGUAUUUAUUUAGGUAUGUAUUGCUUUAUAUUACACACAGAAUAAAUUAUUCAUUUAUAUAAUUAAUUAUAAAUAAACAAUCUAUUUUUCAUACAGAUGUUAUCAUGCUUUUGACCGAUAUGCUGGUUUUAAUUUAGUUAAUAAUUGGCCACUAAAUAUUCAGCAUUCAGUAACAUAUAAGCAAAUGUAUACUGGCUUAUGACCUAAUGUCAAGUUUAUUGCAAUCACUCCUGCGAAUAAGAAAACAACUUUUUGACAAGAAUUGCAAUUUGCCUACACAUUUGCUGUGGCUUAAACUCAUCGCCUUUUGCCCAAAAUAGUGUAUUUGGCUCUUGUCAAUAUUAGCAGUGUAUUUGUUUCCCCUUUUCAGUUUUCUGUCAUACCCGGCUCUAAUCAAAAGGAAGCAUCCAGCGGUGCAAAUGGCUUCUCUCCGCAUUUGAUUGGUGGACAGCACUGUCCAAUAAGUACACGUGGCUAGCGCUGACAAUUUCAUAAUCUGACAUUACAGAAGAAAGAAUGACAUGACAAACUGAACACAUUCAUUCAACAGGGUAAUACGCAAUGAUGUUAAACUUUUCCCUGCUAAUGGACAGUAGAAGUUGUACUGGCUGGGAUUUAUUUUUUUGGAGAAAACAUUGAAAUAAAAUGUAACACAAUAAUGAACAAUACUGGCCAAUACUGUUAUAAACUGCCAAAGGUUCCAUCAAGAGUGAAAAUGAGUCAAAUGAAGGAAUAUUUUUGGACUGUGCAAAUGAAUGAGUUUCUGAAGUGGACUGAGCUUCUCGUUUUGGGGGAGAUAGGCAGUUAUAAAGAAUGAAUGACACUAAAGACUGGAGAAGCGGUGAUGAAGAAUUCCUCUUCUUCUUCCACUGGUUAUGUACUGAUGUCAGUACCCCAUUGUGAACAUUGUGGUUCAGUUUGUGUCAAAUAUAUGUAUUGCAUAUAUCUAUGAGAUAGUACUAUAUCAUGCACUGCCUGAAAAUAUGUGCAAAUAAAAUGUCUUGAAAAAAUAUAUAUAUAAAUAUAUAUAAAUAAAAUAUAUAUAUACAUACAUA